AUGGGCGACGACUACGAUGACUGGGGCCAUCCGACGAAGCCUCGGUACCGGCCACGAGACCAAAGUGUGAAGGGCGUCCUCCGAUCUUGGUACUACCUCAUCCGACGGAAAUAUCAAACCCUCACGGCAACGAUAUUGAUUGGACUUUGCCUGUUCUGGUAUCUCAAUACCGAGGGUGAACCAAAGCCGGCCCCGGUGGACUGGAAGCGCUUCGCAUACGUUCAGUAUGUAACCGACAACCACAACUUGUGCAAUGCAUAUAUGGUAUUCGAGGCACUGCAUCGAUAUAAAAGCAAAGCCGACAGAAUACUGCUUUACCCGCAAGAAUGGGAUCUCGAAGACGAUUCCGAACAAGACAGGAACAGCCAGCUGUUGAUCCGGGCGAAGAAGUAUUGGAAUGUCAAACUUCACCCUGUCGCUCUACUGGAUACAGACGGCAAGGCAAGCCCAGGGACGCUGAAUGCCCCGAGCUCUUGGUCUACCUCUAUCACCAAGCUGCGGGCUUUUGAGCUAUACCAGUAUGACCGUGUCUUACAUAUGGACAGCGACAUCACUUUACUCCAGCAUAUGGACGACCUCUUCUUGGCACCAAGUGCUGCUGUCGCAAUGCCGAGAGCGUACUGGUCAGAUACAAAGCCGAGCGAGUGGCCACUGACGAGCUUGCUCAUGCUCAUCGAGCCCAAUCCUCUGGAGAUGAAGAACUUCAUCGACAUUCUCAUGUCUUGGAAGCUGAAGCCUGGCUUCCAAAUUGGACGGAACUACGACAUGGAUCUCUUGAAUCACCGUUUCGGGGCCUCCGCUAUGGUCCUUCCACAUAGGGCUUACGCCAUGCUGAGCGCAGAGUUUCGCCAAAAAGACCACUCUGCCUAUCUUGGAACCAUCAACGGACCCCGGGAACGGAUGUCAAAGUUGACCUGGGAUCCCGAUCAUGCCUACCAGGAAGCAAAGCUGAUCCACUUCAGCGACUGGCCUCUACCAAAGCCCUGGAUCAUGUGGCCUCACGAGGGGCUGGCAGAGAUGCAGCCCGACUGCGAUGGCAGUAAACUUGGAUGCCGCGAGCGUGAGAUCUGGAAAGGCUUGUACUCUGACUUCCGCAAACGACGGAAAGAUCUGUGUAGAAUUCUGAGUGUCCCUGCACCCAAAUGGUCGGACUUGAAGAAUCAGACGGCAUCAUGA